GUUUUUGGGCUCAAAUUAGGCCCAGCUUUUCGGUUUUUGGGCUCGGCCUAUCUUCUACUUGGUUUCUCCCCUAUUCCGUCUUUCCCAAAACCCCUUGAAACUAAACCCUAAUUCUUCACUUUACCGUCCGGAUUUGAAAUCGGUUACACUUCAGAAAUGAAGCUUGUUCACGUAGCCUUUCGAUCCGUUAAUACUUACAUAUUACAUAAAUCUUAUCGAUCCACCAUCACCAGAGCAAUAUCUACAAACCCAUAUUCAGGCAAUGAUGGUAACAACACAAGUGAGACUGCUGAUGAGUUUGAGCGCCGGAUAUUCGGUGGCGUAUCGGGGAACAGUUCAAGUUCAGAUUCUUUUUUCCGAAAGCUGGAUAAAAUGGAGAAGGGUUGGAAUAGGUCUGCUUGGUCAAGUAAUUUGAACGGAGGGAAUAGUUCAUCAUAUAUGGAUGGUUUGGAUGACAGUUUUGAUACUCUAUCCGAUGGAAUGGAUGGUAAGUUACAGAAAGCUGCAACGUAUUUUGAGUUCGAUCCGGAAGAAAUUGCAAAGGAUGAUUACGCUUAUCGGCCGGAUGUCAGUUUUCAGCCUGGAACGACUUAUACAAUUAAGGAUCUUGAUAUUACGAAGCCAGGAGUACGAAGACCACCCAGAAGGCCCCAGUUUGAAACAUCAACAGAGGAAGUUCUAAGAAAAGCUGAUUUCAGGAAUGUCGCAUUUCUUGCAAACUUUAUAACAGAAGCUGGAAUCAUUAUUAAGAGGAGCCAGACUGGCAUUAGUGCCAAGGCUCAGAGGAAGGUUGCAAGGGAGAUCAAAACAGCCCGAGCAUUUGGACUAAUGCCAUUCACAACUAUGGGAACAAAAUCAUUUGUUUUUGGGAGAACGAUGGAGGAUCUUGAUCGGGAUUACGAAUAUGAGAUUUAUGACAGUCAAAUGGAUGGUGAUGUUGAUGGAAAAGAUCAGUUUUGAGCAUAGUAUCUUGUCAAUAUAUAAAUCUUAGACUUUUGCAGAGAGUCUAUCAAUGGAUAAUAGGCUAUUUAUUUGAUUCCAUGUAUGUUUCUUGCUUUCACAAACAUAGCAAAUGGCCUAGAUUUUAAAGUUGAUAGGAAAUUUGAUUCGGCCGAAAGAAUUUGAUCAUUGGUACUAUUGUGGUGUAAACACAAGGUAUUUAACUUAAAAGAAAAUUAUUCACUCAA